AUGCUGGGCACCGCGCUCCUGCUGCUGGCCCUGCUCCUGGGGCCCACCGCCUUGCCCAGCGAGCCAGCUGGGAGUGAGGCACAGAGCCGAACGCAGGUGAAUCCUCCACCACAACUGCAUCCAUCUUCCAAAGAAGGCAGGGAAGGCGGGAGGUGGGCCGGGGGAACCAAGAGACAGCGCGUCCUCCCUCUCCUGUGCCACUCUUUCUCCCCGCCAGAGCACCCGUUCCCUGCGGCGCCCGCGCCCUGGCUGCGCCGACCCCUUUUCAGUCUGGAGCUCUCGGAUGCGGAGGACGGCUUCCCGCGCCGUGCGGGGCCGCUCGAGGUCCCAGCGGACAGCCGCGUGUUUGUGCAGGCGUCCCUGGCCCAUCCCUCCCCGCGCUGGGGCUUGGCCCUGCACCGCUGCCGCUGCUCCGUAACACCGUCCUCUCGUCCGGCCCCGGGCCCCGCCCUGGCGCUGCUGCGCGGGGGCUGCUCCGCCGACUCCUCAGUCACCUUCCCGCCACCGCGGCCGCUCCUCGGUGCCGCCCGUCCCGCGCGUUUCAGCUUUCGCCUGCGCCCGGUCUUCAACGCCUCUGUGCAGUUCCUGCACUGCCAACUGAGUCGCUGCCGCCGCCUCCGCAGAGCCCGCUGGACGCCUGCGCCUUUGACAAUGCCUCCAAUGUCCCCGUGUCUGCCUCAGGAUGAGGCGUGUGCGGGGGCCAGCAGUGGCAGCGAUGAGAGCCCGGGUGCUGACAGCCCCCACCUGCACACACUGACGCAGCUCGUAGUGACUGUGCCACGGCUGCCCUCCAGGCUACCCAAGGGCUUCCCCGGCAGAGCUGUGCGCCCCGAGUCCUCCGCGCCGGCCCCGCAGGCCCUGGAGCCCACGCCGGUGGUAGCGCUAGUGUUGGCCGCUUUCGUGCUGGGCGCCGCUGUGGCCGCCGGGCUCAGCCUUGUGUGCGCGCACUCAGCGCCCCAACUCCCCGGUCAGCCCCCGAGAGCCUCGCCCAGCGGCCCCCCGCCCAGGAGGCCCCAGUGAGGCAGAGAUGGAGCGCCCACAGCAGGAUCCGGAGACAAACCAGCCACGGCCUCGUAUUAGGCCCGCCAGCACCUGGGACUCGAUGGGACUA